AUGAAUAUUUCUUCUUUUGGUAUUUCAUCAUUUAGAGAGUGUUUGAACUUAGUAAGAGUACAACUUCCUUCUUCAAUUGAUAAUUUAUCUCCAACAACAUUCAUUGGAUGUACAAAGUUGCAAUCAAUUGAUAUUCCCAGUGAUAAUGAAUAUUAUCAAUCUCAACAAGGAAUUGUUUACUCUAAAUCAGGUGAAAAACUAAUCAUUUGCCCUGCAGGACUCAGUGUUGCAACAAUCAAGAAGACAAUCAUAGUCAUUGGUUCAAACGCAUUUUAUGGAUGCAGUCUUCUUGAAACAAUUAUUUUCGAACCAGGAUGCCGUCUUGAAGUGAUGGAAGAAGGAACAUUUGGUGGCUGCACAGCACUUGUAAGAGUUGAUUUACCAACUUCAUUACAAGUUGUUCAAAGAGGUUCAUUCGAAGGAUGUGUUAAUUUACAAGUUAUAACAUUCCCUGAUAAUUGUGCUGUAAAUCUUGAUGCAGAUUCCAUUUUUGCUGGCUGUAUAUCAUUGACAACAGUUGCAUUUGGAAAGUUCUGUGCUUUGACAAUAAUUGGUGAACAUGAAUUUAGUUGUUGCUAUAAUUUAUCAUCUAUUAUUAUCCCAGCAAACUGCACAACCAUUGGUGCAUAUGCUUUCGAGAAUUGUACAUCAUUGAGUUCAAUAACAUAUGAAUUGAACUCUCAAAUUGCAUCAUUUGGAGAAGGAGCUUUUGCUGGAUGUUUAUCCCUCAAUGAUUAUUAUGUUCCUGAUAUUUUUGUGAACAUCACUUCAGAAUGCUUUGGAUCAGCACCAAAUAUCAGUAGAGUUUUUAUAGAAGAAAAUUUAAGAAUACAUAAAAUAGGAAGUAAUGCUUUCUCCACAUUUCCUCUCAGAGAACUUAUUAUUGGUGCAGGUACAACAGUUGAAAUCAUUGAGAGUUCUGCAUUUGAAGGAAGAUCUUUAGCAUCUUUUCAUUUAAACAAUCUUGUUAAGAUAGAAGACAGUGCAUUCAAGAAUUGCGCAUCACUUUCCGAUUUCUCUGUCACAGAUAUUUCUUCUAUUGGAAACAACGCAUUUGAAGGAUGUAUCAGUCUUACAACUUUCACUGUUCCAACUCACUGUAUUUUGUUUGGAAAUAACGCAAUGAGUGGUUGUACUUCUUUAACAACUAUAUCUUUCUCAUCAAGUUCACUUGGUUCUCUUGGAAAUUAUGCACUAAGUUCUUGUUCUUCUCUAAAGACUAUUUCAAUUCCUAACUCAGUAACUUCAAUAGGAAAUAAUUGUUUCCAGAAUUGUUUAGCUUUAUCUUCUGUUACAUUUUCAUCUUCACCAAAAUUAUCAAAUAUAGGAAGUGCAGCUUUCUCAGGUUGUUCUUCAAUUUCAGCUUUUUCUUUCCCUGAUACAGUUAAGACAAUAGGAAACAAUUGUUUCCAAAAUUGUAUCAAACUUUCUUCAAUCACAUUCUCUUCAUCUGCAACUCUUACUUCAAUAGGAAACUAUGCAUUCAGUGGAUGUACAAGUAUUUCUUCUUUAUCUCUUCCUCAAACUUUAACAACGAUUGGAACAAACUCAUUCCAAAAUGAUAAUUUUCUAAAGAAAGUUGAUUUUGGACUUUCUCCUAGACUUGUAACAAUAGGUAACAAUGCAUUCAAUGGUUGUAAGAACUUAACAUCAAUAAAGAUUCCAAAAACAACAACUACUAUAGGUACAAGUUCAUUCCAGAACUGUAUACUCCUUUCAGAAAUCCUCAUUUCUUCGGCAUCUUCUUUGACAACAAUUGGUGUAUCUGCAUUUCAAGGCUGUACAUCAAUUAAAUCUCUUAGAUUUUAUACGGAUUCUUCAUCAAGAACUCUUAAAUCAUCAUCACCAAUAAGUUUAGGAAACUACGCUUUCAAAGGAUGUACAAAUCUUAAUUUAAUUGAGAAGAUUUCAAUAUCAUCAAUUGGAAUAUCAUGUUUCUCUUCAUGUGAAUCACUUUCCUCUUUUGAAGUUACAUCAGCAUGUAGAACAAUUUCAAACAAUGCAUUUGAGAAUUGUUUAAAUCUUCGUGACUUAAAAUUUGAAAGUCAUUCAACUUUAACAUCUAUUGGUGCAAAUGCAUUUAUCGGAUGUAUAAGUUUGAACAAUUUCACUGUUCCUGAUUCAAUGACAACUAUUUCUUCUGCUGUAUUUGGAAAUGCUCCCAAUAUCACACGUGUUGUUAUUCCUCCAAACAUGGCAGUGACUUCUAUUAACACUAAUUCUUUUACUAACAUUGAUAUUCAUGAUUUCACUGUUAGUGAUUCAUCUAGAAUUUUAAGUAUUGGUGAUUCUGUUUUUGCAUUCAAAAAACUGACAAAAUUUGUCCUUCAUUGCGAUGUGAGACUUGGUAAAUAUGUUUUCAAGAACUGUACAAAUCUUGAGUCAAUUGAUAUUGAUUCUAUUUAUUCUUUUGGGUCAAGUUGUUUCUUAAACUGCGAAAAAUUGAAGUCAUUUGCUCUUAACAUUAGUUCUUCUCAAGAUGUUAUUCCAGAAAGUUCUUUUGAAGGUUGUUCGAGUUUAUCACAUAUCAAAAUCAUUGGUGCAAUCAAGACAGUAUCCGACAAAUCAUUCAAAGGUUGUGUUUUAUUGGAGUUUCCUAGAAUUGACACAAUUACUCAUGUAGGAAAUGAAUCAUUCUACAAAUGUAUUUCUGUUUAUAUUCCUCGAAAACUGCAAGUUAUUGGUAACUCUGCUUUCACAUUCUGUCGUCUUAUUGAUUCAUCUGAGAAAAGAAUGAAAGGAAUCUACGAUAGUCUGAAACUUCCUUCUUCGGUUUCAUCAAUUGGAAGUUCUGCAUUUAAUGGUACAGGUAUUAAAAUAGUGUAUUAUUGCGGAGAUCAUUAUCUUAGUUCUAUGCCAAAGGCAUUUCCGGAUUUUACUAAUGUUCAUGUAACAAAUUCUUAUGCUCCUUCAAUAUUUUGCGGAAUAAAGGUAUUCGGAUCUAAAUAUUCCGAGCGCGAAACUAUUUUCUCUACUGGAAUUGCUGAUGCACAAGCUUUCAGAAAGAAAACAAUAAAUACUCUUGGAUGUAAUUUAGCUAUGCAUGCAAUUAUUAAUAUAUAA